AUGAGGUGCCCAAAGCGCUGCUUUUCCGCGAGAUCGUCAAGCCCGGGGGUUUAGGCGAUCGCCGGCCAUCGCAGCUACUUCGCGACAUGUGCAACAGUAUGCCGCCCGGCAUAGGUGAAGAUGCGUUAAAGGAAUUUUGGCUACAGAAACUCCCGUCGAACGUUACCGCCAUCCUCGUUGGUCUUGACGCAUCGUUGGACGAACUAGCCACGCGCGCAGACCGUAUAUUGGACGUUUCCAACCCGCAGAGCGUCGACGUCCUAUCCAAGGAACAGUUCAGUGACCUGGCCGGCGCUGUGUCCACGUUGUCGCAGCAGGUCAAGUCCCUCACAAAAAUCGUCAACUCCGCAGGAGGGCCCUCGCAAUCGCGAUCACGGGCACCCGCGCGUUCUGACACGCAACAAUCAGGGGAUAUGUGUUUCUUCCACGCUAGAUUCGGCAAUAAAGCACGCACCUGUCGCCCGCCGUGCAGUUUUAAACAGGAGCCGCGGGAAAAUCCCACGUCCGCGCCCGCGGAAAACUAA